GGGAAAAGAGGAAAGAAACCUUCUUUCUCUCUCUCUAUAGCUAGGAUCUACAUACCUAUAUAGGCUAUAAGGUAGGGAAAAAAGGGCCGUCGUCAAAGCAAGAGAAGGUGGAUUUUAAGAGGCAUGGAAAGCGACCCCUUCCCAUGGAAGAAGCAUCGCCGCCGCCGCCGGAGAACACCGGCGCCUACGCAGCAUACUACGCCGCCGGCACCGAUGACUCCACAGUCUUCUCCGGCCUUCCCGCAAACAUAAAGCCGCCUUCUGCCGCCGCCGCCGCUCAACCUGUGCCGGAACGAGAAAAUAUGAGACCCCAUUAUAGAGGGGUAAGGCAGAGACCAUGGGGCAAAUGGGCGGCCGAAAUAAGGGAUCCGAAGAAGGCGGCUCGCGUGUGGCUCGGAACAUUCGAAACCGCUGAGGGGGCCGCACUUGCAUACGACCAAGCCGCUCUGAAAUUCAAAGGGUCCAAAGCCAAGCUCAAUUUCCCACAAAGAGUUCAAGGCAAAACAGAAGUCCGCUUCGUUAGUACUGGUGGCAGAAGAGGCGGAACUUCCUCUUCUGCCCCCAGCCAUCAGGUUAGUGGCCAGUCGUCAACGCCUCAAGAUGAGGCAGCUUACCCUUUUCUCCAACAGUACGCUCGACUUCUUUCUAGCUCGGAUGCAGAGUUCCCUUACUUGACUUCAGAUCUUUACAAUCAGACGACCAGCAUAAGUUUGCAACAACCUUGGGAGUCGACAGCGUUCCCUCCUCCUCCUCCCCCAGUAGGGGUAGCGUCACUUAUGACGCCGUCACAACAACAUCAGCAACAACAACAAUAUCAACAACAUGAGAAUUUUCAAUAUAUGUCGCAGUACGAGAGUUUUCCAGGUUCGGAUUAUCAAAAUUACGGCAUGGGUUUUGAUGAUACCAACAACCCAAAUGAGAAUGUGGACUAAACUAGCUUAUUGUGUAAUUUUGCAUGAAUGUUUAUUGAUCAUAAUUGAGGUGGAAUUGGUGAUUUUGUUGACAUCUUUAAUAUAAAAGUCGUACGUUGCAAAGGAAUUUGGUAGUUGCAUUUUUGGACAUUGACAAAACUCAUUUCAAUUCAUUACCUUUGUAAUCUUUGUCCCAAAUUGGUAAAACUGUACCUCCGUUCAAAAAAAACUUACAUUUUUU